CGGCAUGUCAACAUUCCAGUGUCUGUAGGACGCCAAUUUGCAUAUUUCGGAGUCUAAGGAUUGAAUUAAUUAUAAUCUGAUACAUCAUAACACGCAUCCCGCGCUUCAAAGCAAUGUCCCGCGUAUCAGACCAAAAUUCCCGCGUAUCAGAGUAAAUGAUGCACGUAUUAGAAUAAAUGUAGAAAGAAAAAGAGAGCAAGACGUCCACUUGCAAAACUCUGCAGCUUUUUCUUCUGAUAUGUUAUUAUUAAACCACCGCAGCAGGUAUUAGGAUUGAAUUAUAAUGACGAAUCAGAUAAGUAUGCUACGAUAUACAAAUCCCUCCAUAUUAAUACUCUUUCACUCAAUGCUUUGUGUAUGUCUUACAUAAGCGAUAAAUCUUAUCUCGAUCAUGUUACAAGAGAUUAUGACCUGCAGGUACCUUAGAAGAAUCAGCUUCUAACAGUUGCUUGAGGCUGUUGUCUUGCUUUUUGUCUUUAUAAAAUCUUUAUGGAAGGUUUCUACGACGUCAUUGUUUACAAUACGGUACGGAAAUUGCCUAACGAACGUUCCAAUUAUUUUAAUUAUGUUAAUUAAAUUGCUAUUGUAUCGUUUGCUGAUUAGCUUAAUUAGAUUAGCAAUCUCUGUGGCAAUACUAAUUGAUUUCAUGUAGCCACAGUCUCGUACCCAUACCCUUUUUUGUUUUGCUUCCCACAAUACGAAAAAUUUCGUGGUUUUAAAGUUGAUUAUGUUACUCAGGUUGAUUUUUUACAAGCAAAGUAAGAACCUGGGAUCCAAACCUUUUUUUGUAGUUAUUUGUAAAAACCAAAAUGUCCUGGGUUCGAAAUGUCUUUUUUUGCAAAACAAGUUAAAAAAAAUAAUGAUUUAGUAAAGUAAACACUUCUUCACAUUGAAAACAAGAAUUUAAAUUUUAAAUUUAAAUUAAAUUUUAAAACGACUUUAUUACGGUGAUCAGUUUUUUUAAUAGGGAAAACCAGGUGUCAUUCAAAAAUUUAUUACGCGAAACUUUCUCGUACACAAGUAAAUUUAGAUUAUAUAAUUGUGACACAAUACGGCAGCCAUAUUUAAUUAUUGCUGAAUUGGUCCAUUGUCUUGAAGCAAAUUUUUAUCGUCCAGCUUUUUAGUAUCAACAUAAUUCUGGUUAUGUAAAGAUGUUUAUGAUCUUUGUAUUGUUGAGUUUUAUCUUAACAUUUUCAACCACAUCAGCAUGUUCAGGAAACGUGUGCUUAAAUGGUGGAACAUGUACCGCGCAAGCUUGCCAAUGCAUUAACAACUUUUUUGGUGUGGUUUGUCAAAACCAUGCCAGCUCUUACAAAAUAUGGUUUUCUGAUCCAAAGAUAAACAAAGACAAGUUACUGGCGUAUCUAAAGAGCCUGCAAAUAGCAAAAAUCGAAAUGAAUGAUUUAACUAGUACAGCUACCAUUAUAUUCAAGUUAAAAUCCGUAACAAGAGACCAGAUUGUACAAGUUCUUUUUUCGAGACAAAUCAAUAUUGCACCUCAAGCUAUUACAGAUGUGAACGAAUGUGAAGCGAAUAGUAUUGCUUGUCAUGGCAACAAAAUAUGUCAAAACACGGAUGGCUCUUUUAAAUGCGCAUGCGCAAACGGUUACAAAGAGGAAGAGACUGGUUGUGUUAGCACAUCCAUGUGGAAAGAGUCUACAACUUUGGUUUGGAUGUCAGUCAUUGGAAUCAUUUUGUUUGUUCUAAUGUCUGCGAUCGGUGUUGUCUACUGUAAACGUCAUUUCCGCAGAAAACGAUUGAAAAAGAAGUAUGCAGAACGACAGAGGAAUACAGAAAAUAGGAAAAAAAAUUCUCGAAGUAAUGCUACUAGCACAAGUAGUUCAAACUUUCUAAAUGAUGGCAAAAGAACGCCAAGUAGUACCUUCUACGUUAAUCCACACGGUAACCGAUACACCGACAAAACUUACGGAAACGACAUAUACUAUACACGACCCAACAGAAAUAGAAAUAACCUUCGACAUGGACAGGCAAGUACGGCAGCGUUACCUUCAAAGUACGGCGCACGGCAUUUUGGUCGAAUAAAGAAAAAGUAUAACACUAGACGCCAAUAUGAUACGCCCUCUUAUGAUCUAUCCUCUACAACAGGAUUAGCUUUGGGAGAUACGGUAAGUGACAGGUAUGACUACUUAAGACAAUACAGUGGACCGUUUGACUCACAAUACUUAGGUAUCAAUCCAUAUGCCGGCGUAGUAAAUUAUGCUUUUGAUGAUCCACUUAAUGAUCAAUACAUUGGACAAAUAAGCAAUCAUUAUGUCAGGCCAUUAGAUAACCAGUAUGACGGUACAUUGUCCAACCAAUAUGGCGGACCUUUAGACGGUCAAUAUGGUGGACCAUUAGAAAAUCUACAAGUUGGAACAUUGAAAAAUCCAUAUGGGGAUACAAUAGACAAUAUAUACGACGAAGGAUUAGACUAUCAACUUCAGCAUUUUUCACAUUGUAUAAAAUCAAAAGAUAAUCCAGAUGAUGGCCGACAACCAACUGCGGAAAUUUAUACGAUACACGCAUAAAAUUAGGAGCAAGAUUUUCGGUUAACAGAGAAGUGUAAUCUGUUUACACAGUGUAUAAAAACAGUCAAAAUUUCACACUUAAGCUGAUCACGCAGACAACUUCUAAGUAAAUCAUAUACCCUACCGUAACAUUCUCGUUGUCAUUAUACGUGAAGCAUCGUUAUCGAUCCUGUUGUUGGUAAAAAAAGUUUCCAGUUGCCCCCUGCAAGAAAUACGACGGAAACAAAGAAACUAAAAAUACCUUGCUGAUAAAACUAUUUUGCACUUGUCAGAUAGGUUUAGCCGUUGAUGUCAUAGUUGGCGGUACACAGUACAUCACGUACAUCUACCAUUUAAAUAAAUUUAUAUUGCCAACAAGAUCUAUUACAUUGCACGUUACUUUUAUUCUAGAACUAUUUCAAAAUUGGUACUAUUUUUUAAUUAUUUUUGUAUAACACAUUAAUUUAUUGUUUCGUUAUUCAUGCACAAUUAUUAAGAAUAAGAAAUAUUUUUUUAUAUAUAUUUUUUAAGAGAUAUAUUCAAAACCCCCGAAAUGCAAUCACCAAGCAAUAGACUUGCGUGCCUGUUGAUAAGCUCCUUUAAAGAAGUGUUCGCGCCAAACGGAGAAGCUUUUUCUCAGUGACUCGUCCCCAUUACUCUUUAAGCCAAUUCUAUUAACCUGGGUACCAGUAUGACAUUGUAAAGGUUUGUGUGGGUUCAGUCAUUCGGUGUUCGAUUAUA